GGCACGAAAUGUCGCAACGCAUUUAAACGAUUAUGUAUAACAUAUUUACAGUAACGUAUUUCCUUCAUUGCGCGUGCGGGCGGGCGUGUCCUCUCGCUGCUGAAAACCUAUUUUAAUCCACUGCCGGCUGUGUCCUAGAGCCUUACGGUAGUUCUAAAACUACAGGUGCAUUUCGCCGGCAUUGAUCCACCUCUAGCUUCUAGAACUGGUGUUGUGGAUAUGGACGAUGAAUUGGAGACAUUGGGGUGGUACCACUUGGGCCUGUCCCGUCACACGGCUGAAGCUCUUCUGUUGUCCAAUGGCACGGAUGGCAGCUACCUCCUGAGGAACAGCAAUGAGGGUCCUGGUUGCUUCGCUCUAUCUGUCAGGGCUAAAGACUCAGUUAAACAUUUCCAUGUGACACGAACAAGCAAUGGUUACACCUUUGGCUUCAAUGAAUUCCCAUCUCUGCAAGAUUUUGUCAAACAUUUUGCCAACCAACCACUGCUGGGCAGUGAUACAGGUACACUCAUUGUCCUUAAAGUCCCAUAUCCAUUGCGAGUGGAAGAGCCGUCCAUCUAUGAGUCUGUGCGGGUUCAUACUGCCAUGCAGACAGGGAGGACAGAAAAAGACCUGGUGGCUAACGCUCCAUCGCUUGGCACCAAGGAAGGCUAUUUGGUGAAGCAAGGAGCCAUCAUAAAGAAUUGGAAACAGAGAUGGUUUACAUUAAACAGAUAUGAACUUAAAUACUUCAAAGACAAAAUGUUAGACGAGCCCAUUCGCACCCUGGACCUGACGGCCUGCUCUGCGGUCCAGUUUGACUACACGCAGGACAGAGUGAACUGCUUUUGUCUAGUGUUCCCAGAAAGGAUAUUUUAUCUGUGUGCCAAGACUGGUGUGGAGGCAGAUGAAUGGAUCAAGAUAUUACAAUGGAAACUGGUGAGUUGCCUCAUAAUCUGUAGACUGGCUACAAUGCAAGCACAUCAUCUGGUGUUGUCUCCUUAAUUGUACAGAAGUUACAUUCUGAUGGUGACAAAUAAAACAUUACCUUAACAAAAAAAAUGCUUAUAAAGAACUCUAUUACCAUUUGUUUUCAGUCACAGAUUAGAAAGGGACGAUGACAGUGGGAAGAGAAGAAGCAGAAUAUUCCUGUACUGCAAGUUUUAAAUUGAAGAUAGCAACUUGACUUCAGGCUAUAUUAAUAGUUAAUGUGGCUGGUAUUGUGACAUUAUGAGUUGUAUUAGUAUAUCAUUAAAUGUGACUACACCAUGACUAGAACAUACAUUCAGCAGAGCACUGAGGACUGUUUUGCAGAGCUAGCAUAAGUUUAAUAUUUUACGGUUUCUAAGUAACCUUGCUUUCUGUAGGGCACUUGGCUGAAUACAUGUCUUAGUACUUGGAUGUGUUAUUUUAAUACAAUAAUUAAAUGAUGACAUUUCUGU